GUGUGGCAGUUGUGUAGUGGCUGACUGCGUUUCUCUCUAGUGGGACUCUUUCUGUGUCACUGUUAUGUGCGCUGCAGUGACAAUAGGAGUGAAUGUGUGACUGUGCAUGAAGGGGUGGGGAAGAGAGAGGGAGAGAGAGAGAGAGAGUGAGAGAGAGAGAGAGAGAGAGCGAGGAGCUAGAAAGAGAUAGAGAGCGUACACGAGACAGGAGGCGCUCCCUCUAAUCCUGGCUGCGACGCCUAACAGCAUUGCACCGGCUGCUACAAUAGACUUAAUGGAGGCUCAGGCAGACUCUAGUGCUGCAGAGCCACUUCGAGACCGAGAGUUCCAGAAGCUUCUGAAGUCUUCCAGCUCUGCCAGUCUCACCAGUGAGGCAUCCCACAAUGCCUCAGGAGAGCAUGUUGGUACCCCGGCCCAUCAUGGCAGCCAGGUGCUGAUCACAGAGAAACGACAGCCUCUCAGCAGUGUGUCCUCUCUGGAGGUACACUUUGACCUCCUGGACCUGACGGAGCUCACAGACAUGUCUGACCAGGAGCUGGGAGAGGUGUUUGCUGACUCAGAUGAGGAGAAUCAUACAGAAUCCCCAGCGAUUGACCCCACAGAUCGCCAGCAGCCGCCAUUACCUAGAUUUCCACACACCGGUUACGUCCGUUCGCCCUCCUGGACCCGCGGUGGAAAAGGGGAACAACAGCCGAGAGAUCGAAAGCACCACAGCGACUCCGAAAACACAGAGCCAAUGCUGAAGAUAGAGCGUUCGCAAUCCCAGCAGCCUUGAGCCAGGGGCAGCUACAGGGGCUUAGGGAGAGAACAAAGCCCUUGUCUGGAGAGUGGAGGUUCCUUCUCAAGCAAGGAGACGGGGAACCUUUGGGAUCAAAGGACAUGGUGAUCCCAAUUAAAGAUAAUGCAAUCCCCUUGUCCAUUAUGGGCAAGAAGACAGCUCCAAUAAGCUGGGAUAAGUGUAGGCUCUUCCUCAAGAUGGAACAGACUUCAUCCAACCAGGAUUUUGGGAUGCCUCUUUGGGACCUAGUCACUUUCAAUCUUCUCCAUGUGACUACUGCAUAUGGAGAACUUGAAGCAAGAUGUAGCAUUUAUGGACCACACCAGCUCCAGCAAUGUGAAUCUAAGGAGCAACUGAUUUGAAUCAUUAAGGAACUGUUUAAGGAACAAAGCAAUGUGUUGAGGAAGCAACUGUGAUGAGACACAUUCAGAGAACCUACAGUGUAGUUCAGGACAUGUCUGUGUGAAGGAACAGAGAGCAGUUACAAUAAUUUCCAACAAAAGUGUCCUUUGAGGAGAUUCUGCAUGAAAGUGAGAGACCCAGAAACAAAGGCCUAAAACAUACUCUACGCAAGUACAUGAACACAGACACUCCAAGCUUCGUCAUCUCAAUUUCAUGCAUCAUUCAGUUUCAAAAUUUGUCAGAACGCAAAUCAUAUUGCACUAAAAUUAUGUGUUGCAUUCUCAACAUUGAUGCAAGGUGGUUUGGGAUGGGUAUUAGCAUAAAGCAAAAGUGUCCGGUCCUGCUUCUGGAGGGACACCUUCUAGCCGAGUUUAGCACCAACCUGCUUCACACCUAAACAAUUGUAGGUGGAUCCUAUCGCAUAGAAGAAAUAAAAUCCCACAACCAGGCACUCACAUUGAUUUUUAUCUUUUAAAAAGCCUAUAUUAAAAAUAUCCACACCUACCCGGAGUUUUCUAGUAAUCCUGAAGACUUCAGUUAGGUCAGUGGUUCUCAAUUCCGGUCCUGGCACUCGCAAAUGUCUGUUGCUCAAUGUAAAUCCAAAAAUAAUAAUUUGGCUAUACUAGAUGCGUACUUUAUCAGGAAAUAAUACACAUCUAAUAUAACCACAUUACUUUCAUUUACAUAUGUUAUCCAAAAUGUGAAUAGGGUUAAGAAUCAUUAACUACAUCAUGGUGCAGCAGUUUAAGAGAAUACUGAUGAACAUGUUAUUUUAAUUUUGACCAACUUUCUGAAAGUAGCCUUCUCCCCAUUGAGUACUGAGGUUUGUCACAGCCAAAGUAACAAGAACACACAUUAUGCACAACAGAACCACACAAGAAUUCUGAGUUUGCAUACUUGCGUAGAAUGUUUCUGGCCUAACUUAGAGUAUAGCAAUUGCAAAAGUUGCAUUUGAAUGGAUGUAAGGGAUAAUAAUCUUUUAGCAAUAUGUUUUUAACAGCUCUGUAUCAUUAAAUGUCAUUAAUUUAACAAUUUUACAUCAAGACAUCAUCAAAGGCCUCAUUUGUGAUCACCGGUGCACAGCAAAAAAUUGUGUCUUAAAAUAUACCUGAUUCACAAAUAAUCCUAAAAGAGAAGGAAGCCAUUGGGUGGGCAGUUCAAAUGAAAAUCACCAAGAGGAAAAGUUUGUUGGAAACUGCUGGACUCAUGCACCUAUCAAAAAGCUGUACUGUAUAUGUUACCAGGGUUAUUACAGGGUUCAAUGAUGUCAAGCAUGAUCUAUACACAGGGUCACAUUGGAGAAGAAAUGUACAAACUACCAGAAUCAUUAACAGUUUGAGAAUUCGAGGACAAAAAUCUAACAGGAAUAAAUGUGAAAAAUGUCAA